AUGCUAUUUGCUGAGGAAGGCUUCCAUACACCCUCAUCCAUCACUAGAAUUAAAAAUGAUGAUGAAAGGGAAGACCUCAUGAUAACAUUGUUUUCAAAGUAUCUUCUCAAAAUUGCUUUCAGUGAGAAACGUAAAGAGCAGACGAGGAGGAGGAGGGAAAAGAAGAAGUUAGAUGGGAAGAAAGUGCAUGGGGCCGGGUGGUUUAAAUCCCGGAGAGAGAGGGGAAAGAAAUGGAAAAAGGAAAAGAAGAGGAAAGCAGCGGAGAAGGUUGCAGCAGAGAAGGUUACAGCGGAGAAGGUUACAGCGGAGAAUGUUACAGCGGAGAAGGUUGCAGAGAAGGUGACAAAGAAGGGGAUGAAGAAGGGGAAGGUGAAGGUGAAGGAAGAGGGCAAGGUCAAGGUGAAGGAGUUGAAGAAAAAGUGCACACCUUCCGAACCAAGUAAGUAAAAACAACUACAUUCUUGAAGAAAGUAAGAUAUUACUUGAAUGCACUUACUGAUGUGUUCUAUUUUGUUCAAACAGCUCAUCAAUAUCGUCUGCGUGGAAAUGCAGAGCGGCAAAGGAUAGCAGCAGAAGCCAGGUAACGUCUGGGAGUCUUUCUCUUCUUAUUCAACAUUAAGCUGCAGUAGUUGUACACUUAUUGACCCUAUACUGUCUUCUGUUGAACAGGAUAAAUAAAGACAAUUCAUAAGUUAAAGUGUACUUGAAUUUGCUGCUAGCCCUUCAUUUAAUUUUAUUGAUACACUAAUCAGCCUGGGAACUAAUUUAAUGCCUCUUUCUUCAAUAUUCCCAUCAUUGAAAAGAGUUGAUGAGUUAUACUGACAAAUGUUUUUAUUAACACGCAUGAAUUCCUCUUUACAGUACGAACAAUCUUAUCUACAAAAUUCUUGAAAUAUUUCAUGCAUUUUUAGUGCUUUCAACUAUUUUAAAAGUUAUAAUUUUCACUGACAAGAAUGUCUAUAGAGCAUGCCAACUUACUCUAGGGUACUCAGAGAGGCAUAUUCAAAAAUUGGGCAUAAGGGCAUAGAAGAAAAUGUGCUGUACGGAAAACCUCAUUACAUUUUUCAGACGUUUGAGAAUUCAUUAGUGCAGCCAUACAUGAUUACAUUAUGAUCAACAUGUCUGAUCAAAAACUUCAGAUUACAAACUAUUACAAUUACACAAAAGAUGGAGUUACAUAACAAACAGCAUUACUGUACAACAAAACUGAAGAGACGUUAACUUUGCAAAUUAAUUUUUAGACCGCCUUUCUGCUUUGACUGGAGGCUUUGUAAAAGGUACAUAUGUUAAUACACAGUAUUUUAAUUUAUAUUUAAGGAAGUCAAAGUAACCAUAGGUAGUUAAUAUGCAUCUAUCACAAGGGUUUUUCCAGCCUUGUCUGACAAGUACUGUGGUGAGAAGUACACAAUGAAGAGAAGCGCAAUCUCCAUAAACUUAAACUCCACACGUCAUAAUAUACUUCUAGCAUAAAUAAGAGUUACUAUGAGCUACUUCUACGAUUU